UCCAAGUCUCAGGUUGAGCCGUUCUCCCCUCCCACUGUGCUGUAGCAUGUAUAUAAACUUUGAACUCUCGGGAGCCUUCUGCUAGUUCUCUUCUCAGGCGAGUCAGGAGCUACAGAGAGAGACACGAGGAUGGCGCUCCACAUGCUAACCGCCCUGGCCGUGGGUCUCCUGUCCAUCUGCCAUCCCUCAGACUCUGCUGCUCACUAUGACAAGAUCUUGUCCCACAGCCGGAUCCGGGCACGCAGUCAAGGCCCAAAUGUCUGUGCUCUCCAGCAAGUAAUGGGAACCAACAAGAAAUACUUCAGUACCUGCAGGAACUGGUACCAGGGGGCCAUCUGUGGGAAGAAAGCGACUGUCUUGUAUGAAUGCUGCCCUGGCUACAUGAAGAUGGAAGGAGAGCGCGGAUGCCCUGCAGUUGCUCCUAUCGAUCACGUGUAUGGCACUCUGGGGAUUGUGGGCGCCACCUCGACUCAACAGUACUCUGAUAUGUCAAAGCUGCGAGAAGAGAUUGAAGGGCCUGGAUCUUAUACAUUCUUUGCACCCAGCAAUGAAGCCUGGGACCUCUUGGAUCCGGAAAUCCACAGCGGCCUGAUUGAAAAUGUCAACAUUGAGCUGUACAAUGCCCUCCAUAACCACAUGGUGAACAAGCGCCUACUGACGAAGGACCUCAGGAACGGCCUGACGGUGGUAUCCAUGUAUAACAACCAAAAGCUGCAUAUCAAUCACUAUCCCAAUGGUGUUGUUACUGUCAACUGUGCCAGAAUCAUCCAUGGCAACCAGAUUGCCACAAAUGGUGUGGUCCACGUUAUUGACCGCGUGCUGACCCCCGUUGGAAAUACCAUUCAAGAUGUCAUUGAGGCAGAAGACGACCUCUCAUCUCUCAGAGCUGCGGCCAUUGCAUCAGGUGUGAUGGACACUCUUGGGCAGCCCGGCCAUUACACGCUCUUCGCUCCCACCAAUGACGCUUUUGCAAAACUUCCUCGUGGCGUGCUGGAAAGGAUCAUGAGUGACAAGGUGGCUUCUGAAGCUCUGAUGAAGUUCCAUGUUUUGAACACUCUUCAGUGUUCUGAAGCUAUCAUGGGUGGGGCCGUCUUUGAGACUCUGGAAGGGAACACAGUUGAAGUCGGCUGUGAUGGAGAAAGCCUGACCGUGAACGGAGUGAAAAUGGUCAACCGAAAAGACAUUGUGACAACCAACGGCGUCAUUCAUCUCGUAGACCAAGUGCUGAUUCCUGACUCAGCAAAGCAGGUGAUAGAGCUGGGUGGUCCCCAACAGGCCACUUUCACAGACCUGGUUGCACAGCUGGGCCUCGCUGCGUCUCUCAGGCCGGAAGAAGAAUACACUCUGCUCGCUCCAGUCAACGGGGCCUUUUCUGAGGACACCUUAACCAUGGACCAGAGAAUUCUCAAACUGAUCCUUCAGAACCACAUUUUGAAAGUGAAAAUUGGACUGAAUGAGCUCUACAACGGACAGUUCUUGGAGACCCUGGGAGGAAAGAAACUUAGAGUGUUUGUGUAUCGCACAGCCGUAUGUAUUGAAAAUUCCUGCAUGAUCCGAGGAAGCAAAGAGGGAAGGAACGGCUUCAUUCAUGUUUUCAGGGAGAUUAUCCAGCCAGCAGAUAAAACUCUGUAUGAAGUGCUGCGAUCUGAUAAGCGAUUCAGCACAUUCCUGAGCCUAGUGCAAGCUGCAGAUUUGGAAGAGGUUUUGUCCCAGGAAGGAGGCUGGACUCUGUUUGUCCCAACCAAUGAUGCCUUCAAAGGCUUGACUGAACAAGAGAAACAGACCCUGAUCAGUGACACCAAUGCACUCAGGAACAUUUUGCUUUAUCACCUGACCCAUGGUGUUUUCAUUGGAAGCGGAUUUGAACCUGGUGUGACCAACAUUCUCAAAAGUAUCCAGGGAGGCAAACUGUACUUGAAAGUGGUCAACGAUACUCUUCUGGUGAAUGAACUGAAAUCAAAAGAAUCUGAUCUCAUGGCAACCAACGGAGUAAUUCACAUCAUAGACAAGCUCCUGUAUCCUGCAGAUUUGCCUGUUGGAAGCGAUGAGCUCCUAACCAUUUUGAAAAAACUGAUCAAGUACAUUCAGAUCAAGUAUGUCAGAGGCUACAGAUUUGAAGAAAUCCCAAGGACAUUUUACACAAGCCGCAUUAUUACUAAGGUUGUGGAUCCCAAGAUUAAAAUAUUUGAAAGCAGCUAUGAGAAAGAAGUGCCAUCCAUUACAAAGAUCACGAAAGUGAUUGAAGGGGAACCAGAAUUCAAAGUGGUCAGGGAAGGCGAGACAGUAACUAAAGUGAUUCAUGGAGAGCCUAUAAUUAAAAAAUAUACGAGAAUAAUUGAUGGCCGUCCUGUGGAAGUGACUGAAAAACAAGUGACUGAAGAAAGGAUUAUUCAAGGUCCUGAAGUGAAAUAUACUCGAAUCACUGCAACUGGAGGAGCAAAUACUGAGGAAACCAUUAAGAAACUGCUGGAAGAAGAGGUUACCAAGGUGACCAAACUGAUGGAAGGUGAAGGUCAUUUGCUUGAAGAUGAAGAACUCAAAAGACUCCUCCAGGGAGCUGGAUCUGAGUACACCAAGGUUACUAAAGUAACUGAGGGAGAGCCAAAGAUUAUCGAGACAGAGAUAAAGAAAAUUCAUCGGGAAGAAACACCUGUAAGGAAAGUGCAAACAUCCAGAAGGACACAAGGACCACCAAGGAGAAGAACUCGACUUGUCCGUCCAGCAGUGAAAAAGCAAAGUCCACCAAAAGAGAACUGAGAUGAGGGCAGCAUCAAGAAAAACGUCCAUAAUCCAGAAUGUCCCGAGUGAAAACAUCGUUAUACAUAAACUGAACUGGCUCUCAUAAAGGAAUGCCAGCAUUAACAAUUGGGCACAGCAUCCAUUAACCUUUGAAAGCACAUGGGAGAUCACCUCUUCCUAACAAUAUGUCCGUUAGGCCCUUACGAGCAGGGGCAAUUUCAGAAUGUAUUGAUUUUCUAUGAAUCAGACACACUAAAUUACAUCCCACCCUGGGAAUAAUAAACAGAAUCUUAAGUGACAAAAACCUAAGCAAGUGUAAGCUAUUUUAACCAAGCACUUUUCAUUUGGCAAAACCUAUAAAUUUUCAGGAGAAGUUUUAAAUGUCAUGAUGACGCCGAUAACCUUACAUUU